GGUACAGCACUGGCCAGCUCCAGGAGGACGAGCAGCGGUGAGAGAGAGAGAGGGAGAUAGUGUGUUUCGCCGACUCCGAGCCCUGUGUGAGCUUGGUGCAUUGAGGAGGGGACAGGCGGAGAAGAUUACUCUGUGGGGUUAACAUGGAAUGGGGGCAGAGUCGCCGAGUGCUGGAUCCUAACAAAUACUGCCAUUUGAUUUAGAGUGAAAGAGAAAAGCCACGAGAAUGACCAUGCGCUGCAAUCCGAACGUGUUAUUUCGGGAUACAAAAGCGGCACUUUGCUUACUACUGUAUAUAUUUGUAAUCCCCUCGCAGAGUUCUCAACAAGUUCUCAGGAUCGGAGGUAUUUUUGAAACUACUGAAAAUGAGCCAAUUAGCAUUGAAGAGAUGGCCUUCAAAUUUGCAAUCACUAAUAUAAACAGAAAUAGGACAUUAAUGCCUAAUACCACACUGACAUACGACGUACAAAGAAUUAAUCUUUACGAUAGCUUUGAAGCAUCCAGACGGGCUUGUGAUCAGCUUACACUUGGAGUAGCAGCUGUAUUUGGACCUUCUCACAGUUCUUCAAUAAGUGCGGUGCAGUCUAUCUCUAAUGCAAUGGAAGUUCCACACAUCCAGACCCGUUGGAAACAUCGCAUAGUGGAUCAGAAGGAAUCAUUCUACAUUAACCUCUAUCCAGAAUAUACAUCAAUCAGUCGAGCCAUUUUGGACCUGGUGCAGUACUACAAGUGGAAGACAAUCACUGUAGUUUAUGAAGAUAGUACAGGUCUCAUUCGCUUACAAGAAUUAAUGAAAGCUCCUUCCAGAUUUAACAUUAAAGUUAAAAUUCGCCAGUUGCCAUCAGGUAAUAGAGAUGCUAAGCCUCUUCUGAAGCAGAUGAAAAGGGGGAAGGAGUUCUUCGUGAUUUUUGACUGUACAUAUGCAACUGCAGCCGAAAUAUUGAAACAGAUCCUUUCGAUGGGAAUGAUGACUGAGUAUUAUCAUUAUUUUUUCACUACACUGGAUCUAUUUGCAUUAAACCUGGAACCCUAUCGAUAUAGUGGUGUCAAUAUGACAGGGUUUCGCCUCCUAAAUAUUGACAACCCACGUGUUGCAUCCAUUAUCGAGAAGUGGUCCAUGGAACGGCUUCAAGCACCACCCAAAUCUGAUUCAGGACUCCUGGAUGGGAUGAUAACAACAGAUGCAGCCCUGAUGUAUGAUGCAGUGUACGUGGUAUCUGUAGCUUUUCGAAAAGCAUUUCAAAUGACAGUCAGCUCUUUACAGUGUCACAGGCACAAGCCAUGGCGCUUUGGAUCCAGGUUUAUGAACCUCAUCAAAGAGACUCAGUGGGAUGGCCUAACAGGACGCAUCACCUUCAAUAAAACCGAUGGCCUGCGAAAAGAUUUCAAUUUGGAUAUUAUAAGUCUGAAGGAGGAAGGUCUGGAACAGAUUGGAAUCUGGAAUUCAAACUCAGGACUUAACAUGACAGACAGCCUAAAGGACAAGUCUUCCAAUAUCACUGACUCUUUGGCCAAUAGGACUCUUUUAGUCACCACUAUUUUGGAAGAUCCCUACGUGAUGCAUAAGAAAUCUGACAAGCCUCUCUAUGGCAAUGACCGUUUUGAAGGUUAUUGCCUUGAUUUGCUGAAAGAGUUAUCAAAUAUUCUGGGCUUCACCUAUGAAGUUAGACUCGUAGCUGAUGGAAAGUAUGGGGCCCAGAAUGAGAAAAGCGAAUGGAAUGGAAUGGUUGGAGAGCUCAUUGACCAUAAAGCAGAUUUAGCAGUUGCUCCUCUCACUAUUACCUAUGUACGAGAGAAGGUUAUUGACUUCUCAAAACCCUUCAUGACUCUAGGAAUUAGCAUCCUCUAUCGCAAGCCCAAUGGCACAAACCCAGGCGUUUUCUCCUUCUUGAAUCCGUUGUCCCCAGAUAUUUGGAUGUACGUGCUGUUGGCCUGCCUCGGGGUCAGUUGUGUACUUUUUGUUAUCGCCAGGUUUACACCCUACGAGUGGUACAAUCCCCACCCUUGCAAUCCUGACUCUGAUGUGGUGGAAAACAAUUUUACUUUACUAAAUAGUUUCUGGUUUGGAGUUGGAGCUCUCAUGCAACAAGGAUCGGAACUGAUGCCCAAAGCUCUCUCCACUAGAAUAGUGGGUGGAAUCUGGUGGUUUUUUACAUUAAUUAUAAUAUCGUCAUACACUGCCAACUUGGCUGCCUUUCUGACUGUGGAAAGAAUGGAUUCUCCGAUAGACUCAGCUGAUGACUUGGCGAAGCAAACCAAAAUCGAAUAUGGUGCAGUCAGGGAUGGAUCCACAAUGACCUUCUUUAAGAAAUCUAAGAUUUCAACCUAUGAGAAGAUGUGGGCAUUCAUGAACAGUCGAAAACAGACAGCUUUACUGAAGAACAAUGAUGAGGGGAUUCAGCGUGUGCUCACCACUGACUAUGCUCUUCUGAUGGAGUCAACUAGUAUUGAAUAUGUUACUCAGCGAAACUGCAAUCUGACCCAAAUCGGUGGCCUCAUUGACUCAAAGGGAUAUGGUGUUGGAACACCUAUAGGGUCUCCAUACAGGGAUAAAAUCACAAUAGCUAUCCUGCAGCUUCAGGAGGAAGGAAAACUGCACAUGAUGAAAGAGAAAUGGUGGCGUGGAAAUGGCUGCCCAGAAGAAGAUAACAAAGAAGCAAGCGCCCUUGGUGUUGAAAACAUAGGAGGGAUAUUUAUCGUGCUUGCUGCAGGGCUAGUUCUCUCAGUCUUUGUAGCCAUUGGUGAAUUUGUAUAUAAAUCCAGAAGAAACAGCGAUGUUGAACAGUGCUUUACGUUCAGCACAGUGAUCGAGGAGCUUCGUGUUUCACUUAGGUGUCACAAAAAACUCAACAAAAAUUCCAGAACCAGAAGAAAAUAUGGGCUGUCAAGCAUCCUCAUGUGUCAUCAAAGGCGAAUUAUACGAAAAGAGACUAUAACAUGAAGUUCGGCAACUGUACUCUCAGCAGAUAACACUCCUUGAUGCUACCUGCAAUCAUACUGUUUACCUCAUGGACAAGAUUGUGGAUUAUUAAACUUUCUGACAGGAAACAUGUUGGGAUUGAGAGACACUUUAUACUGAUUUUUUUUUCUAAAUAAUCAAAUGAAGAAAAUGUGAAAAUUGUUGUGAUUAGUCUUUUUUUUCAGUUGCAAAAGUGGGGUUGUAACUGAUAAUACCAUAUAAAGGGACACUGCAACUGAGAGCUUAGUUUCUUGCAAGUAUGUCUGAGCGCUAGAAGCCAUUGUAAGGAAUUUUCUCUUGGUGCUUUAAUGUUCAAGUAAAUGAGUUUAUUGAAGUAUAAAUAGGUAAACAUAAUAAAAAUUACAUUUUUCUCUUACCUAAUCACCACCACCCCAUUACAACUGCUUCAAACUAUUAAACAAGAAUUUUAAAUUAUACAAUUUCCCGCUGAGCUCACUCCUCUUGUUUGAUCACUCUUCCACAAGAUCUUGGAACUACGGAUCCUAGAUCUCCAUCAUGAUGUUUGCUAAGUGCAACCUCCUCUCCUUUUUCACCUGAAGCAGAAUGAUCUAGAUGUUCACUGCCCUGGCUCUGGGAUAUAUGCCACAUCACAAAUGGUUCAGUUGGAAACUUUACUUUGUAAUAACUAGGUCUGGUGGUUCAUUGGAAUCUACUUCAUAGUGGGAACGUGUAAACAAUGUACAAGCAAAUUACACAUUUGCCCAGAUACUCUGCGUAGUUAAUGUUUCUUAAGUUUAGAUGCAUAAGAGUUCAAAGGGACUACGAAUGACCAGUUUUGAGUUUUGGU